AUGAAUUUUGUGAAAAAUGUCUUUGGGGGAAUGAAUGUAAAUUUUUAUGGUGCAUUUGACAUUUUCAUUUACUUUCACGACGCUGUAAAAAUGAGGCAAACAGAUUCAAAAAGAAAAAAACUUUUCUCCGUUGACGAGGACGAACAGUUUUUAUCAGCAUUCGAUGAUUCCAUUAAAAAUGUAUGGGACAUAAUUGAAUCCUAA